GUAAAGAUAUAGUGUUACGACGCAGAUUGUAAUCAAAAAAUCAGUCAGUUUAAAGUGAACUGUUUAUAACAACCGCGGCAGACGACGAAAUGGCUUUGAAGGGAACUGCUAGGUUAGUCAAUGUUGGCUCAUAUGUUAGCGUGAGAAUUUUACUUGCAGUGCUUGUAACGGUUGUAAUACUUGUUUGGUCUAUGCCCGACAUCAAACCUGUUGAUGGGAACACACACAUUUGUUUUCACGAUGAUGGUUUGUUGCGCUGCGGUCAAACAGUGACAACGUUAAGUCAGAUUUUUGAAAAGGAAAUUAAGAAUGUUUACGACAAAACGACGAAGCAAGAUGCAGUCGAAACAAAAGCUUAUUUUGAUACUCACGUGAAGAUAGAGCUAAAGAAUGACUACUUAUCAUCUAUUCCCGAUAUGAAGCCAGCCGCAAAACUCGUCGGCCAAAUAUCAUACCCGAAACUAGGGCCUCAAAGAAAACAAAUGGAAGCAGUGAUUGCAUGGUAUCACGGCCGAGAACUAGACUACACUACCGGUUUUAUGAGAUACGGAGUCAGAUAUCAGAAUGGGCGCCUGAUUGUACCACUUACAGGAACGUAUAAUAUUUAUUCCUUCCUAAGCCUUACAGAAAACGAUGAUUCACCAGAGGUUCCGUUUGAUACAAGCAGAAAUGCAACCCUUGUGAAGCAUGCAAUGUACAAGUAUAAUGUUAAGCUGGGCAAGGACGUGGAACUGGUUUCUUCUAUACAAACACACCGGGAGUCGACCAAUCGAAAUUUCAAUGCUUUCAGUUCACAAAUCUCCACGUUGGUACAAUUAGAGGCUGGAGAUGAAAUUUCUGUGAAAAUAAGCGACAUUUUGCUAAUAUCCUAUCCAGGUGAUAACUUUUUCGGUCUGCACAUGAUCUGACUAUCUCUGAAGUUAUCACCUGGGAACAUAGAAAUGUCCACCACGUGGAACUGCGUGCUCGCCGCGUGGAUGCUUGCUACAGAAGGUUCCACAAACGUUCAUCAUAGCUCAAUGAGGUAUAUUAUUUCUGCGUAAAGGGCAAAGUAAAAUAAUUCGCAAGCACUAUACCCAAAAAACGCAAUUAUGUUUUUGCAAAUAAUUGCCAAGACUCAUUCUUUGAAGCGGAACACUUUUGUAUAUUCGCCGAUCAAUGCAAAACCAAUAGAUCAUAUGGCAUUACCAUCCUCGUUGAUAAUAAUAACUGUUUAUUUUAGGACAUGCAUUAUGUUUUAAAGUCGAAUGUGAAGUGGAUGCUUAGGUGAACCAAAAAAAACUGAUGAGACGAUUGUUUUUAUUUUAUGACUCGAUGUAACGUUUUGUUGUUUUAGAACGCAUUUCGUGAUUUUUAUUUAUUUCACCUAAAUAUCAAGCAAAUUACUUGCUGUUUGCUGUUAUAAAUGUUAUGGUGUUCGAACCUGUCAUCUCCUCGUAAACGUGAUUUAAACUGUGUACACUAGAGAUUUGCUGUCAGCAUACAACAUACUCCAUUUGUGCUGUUGAAUUAUUUAAUCGAAUUUUG